ACUUCACUUGUGGGCACAGGCAGGCCUUGACCGGCAACAAUUAUAGUGCCGAAGAAGAAGAGAAGAACAACAAUUAUAAACUUCUAACGAUAAACUAAUGAUACUAAUAAAAUUAAUGACGCUUUCUCAAUCGUUGUAAAUAAGGUUGUUAUCUCGCCGAGGUUUGAAGUGCUAUUGUUUAUUCCCUUUCAAAUUCACUGCUCUUCUAAUUCUUCUUAUUUAUAAUUACGAUCUAAUCCUUUCUGUACUAAUUAUCCUAGUUGUCCUAAUUCUAAUUGUGCCAUGCACAUUGCCUACCGUAAGGCGUCAACAAAAAUAAAAUAAUAAUAACAAACUACUUUUGUUUUUUUAGAAUACCAUUGUACAUAGGGGUUUUGAUAACUGUAUUAGAUACACUUUCCUUCUUGUUUUUGGAUAAGUACAAACUGAGACGUCUGGAACUAUUUUUUGGAUUUUUGAUCACUACAAUGGCCGUAUCGUUUGGUUAUCAGUACAUCGUUACUGAUAUACCGCAAAUCAGUGUAAUUGAAGGAAUGUUCCUACCUUGGUCUUCUGAUUACCGUCCCGGUACACUGCUGCAGGCUGUGGGUAUAAUCGGUGCCGUUAUCAUGCCGCACAACUUAUAUUUACAUUCAGCGCUUGUAAAGUCUCGUGCGAUCAAUCGAAACGAUGUUAAGGAAGUGAAAAAAGCAAAUCGUUAUUACUUUAUAGAAGCAUCGAUUGCCCUUGCGGUAUCCUUUGUCAUUAACGUGUUUGUAGUGUCCGUUUUCGCUCAUGAUGUGUAUGGAAAGACUAAUCAAGACGUGAUUGACGCUUGCAGUAAUUCAUCAUUUGGGGAUGACAUUAUAUCUGCAUUUAUAGCAAAUAAUUAUACAGCCGAUAUCAACAUUUAUAAAGGCGGAUUAGUACUUGGAUGUUUUUAUGGUGGACUAUCGAUGUACGUGUGGGCUAUUGGUAUACUAGCAGCCGGACAAAGUUCUACCAUGACUGGCACAUACGCAGGACAAUUUGCUAUGGAGGGUUUUCUUAACCUGCAAUGGGCACGUUGGAAACGUGUAUUGUUCACCAGAACAGUGGCAAUUAUGCCUGCGUUUUAUGUUGCUUUCUUCAGUAGAUUGGAAGAUUUAACUAAAAUGAACGAUAUAUUGAAUGCCGUGAUGGCUUUACAGCUUCCAUUCGCUGCGAUACCUACAGUCGCCUUUUCUUCAAGUGUAGCAUUGAUGAAAGAAGACUUUGUGAAUGGCAGACUUGAAAAAAAUAUUUCUAUCACACUCAGUUUUACUGUUAUUGGUAUAAACCUUUAUUUUAUUGUGGCCAAUUUAGAGCAAGUAAAUUUAACGCCUUUGAUGAUCUUUAGCGUUGUUUUUUUCGGUAUGUUUUACAUAGCUUUUAAUUUGUAUCUUCUAUUGCAUAUGAUGGUAAAUUUAGGAAAUAAAGCAGUAGCUUCAAAUUGGGUUAUAAAGCGGUUUGUUUUGGAUAAUAGCCAUUUGUUUUCAAAUCUGAAUGGCAAUGGAAUGUAAAGCGUAAUAAUAAAGGAAUGUUUUUUUGCAAUACAGAGAAUGUACUAGAUGUGACUAGAAAUCGUACUGAUAUGAGAUGUUGCGACUAAGUAGUUACAAUUAUGAUAAUGUUUCUUCUUUUUUCGUGGAUUCAUAACGGAUGUACAGCAACUGAAAGUAAAACGUAUUGGGCUAUUCAUUGAAAUAAAUUAAUUUUGAAUUAUAAACUGUUAAUAAAAUAAAACAUACUUUUACGUUACCAUCA